GGAUAACUCGGCCGCUGCUUUCCUCUCGAACUUCAUCGGCACUGCCACUUCCUACUCUUAGGGUUCUUUUCGAAGAAGUGAAGUUUAAGGAAGGAAAACCUAACAGCCAUGAGUAAGCUUCAGAGUGAAGCUCUCCGAGAAGCCAUUACCCAGAUUACUACCGAUGCUAAGGAAAAGAAGCGGAAUUUUACUGAGACUAUUGAGCUCCAGAUUGGGCUCAAGAACUACGACCCACAAAAGGAUAAGCGUUUCAGUGGUACCGUGAAGUUGCCUCACAUUCCUCGUCCGAAAUUGAAAGUUUGCAUGCUUGGAGAUGCCCAGCAUGUGGAAGAGGCUCAAAAGAUAGGCCUUGAAUAUAUGGAUGUGGAAGGGCUCAAGAAGCUCAACAAGAACAAGAAGCUGGUGAAGAAGCUUGCUAAGAAGCACCAGGCUUUUUUGGCUUCUGAAUCUGUGAUCAAGCAGAUCCCUCGUUUGUUGGGCCCUGGUCUAAACAAGGCAGGAAAAUUCCCUACGCUUGUUACUCACCAGGAAUCCCUCGAGGCUAAGGUGAACGAGACCAAGGCAACUGUGAAGUUUCAACUGAAAAAGGUGCUGUGCAUGGGAGUUGCUGUUGGAAACUGCAGCAUGGAGGAUAAGCAGAUUUUCCAGAACGUGCAAAUGAGCGUCAAUUUCCUUGUUUCGUUACUGAAGAAGAAUUGGCAAAAUGUGAGGUGUUUGUACUUGAAGACGACAAUGGGAAAGCCAGUUCGCAUCUUUUAGGUGUUUUCUUUGUUUUUAUCAGAGUUGUUCGGUUUGAGGUCGGUACUUGGAAGCAUUUGCCUUUAAUGGGUGCUUAUCGUUUUUGACUUGUCGAAUGUUGGGUUUUUAUUACUGUAUUAGAUGCUGCUUUCGCCAUGGACGAUCAUUACUUCU